AUGGUAGUUCUUGACUUGAAAACGGGGAAACCAUCAGAAAACCCAUCCAAAAUUGAAUUGCCAAAAGAAAAAAUCCCAAAUACUCAAAAACUAACAGGAGUUAAAUUUAGUUGGAUAUAUGAUGCAAAAGAAUUGAUUACAACAACAUUAGGUAAACCAGAGUUUGAAGCUGAAAAUGAGAUAGAUAGAGGUCAGUAUUUUCAAAGACCUGAAGGUGCAAUUGGAGUAUUAGUUCAAUCGGGUAACGAACCAGCUACUAUCAAUGGUUGGCAUACUGUAAAUUCUCACGAGGGGUAUUAUAAUCUUUAUGGUGAUCAACCUGACUUUACUCAACAAACUUAUUAUUUAGGUGGUACCAACACAAUUUUUAUAGGAUUGUUUUGA